UAACGUCAUGUCGGUUCUCGUAUAUUUUAUUCAGUACAAAAGUAGAGCUUCACUUUGAAACAUCGAUAUAAAUGAAACCAGUACCAGUGCUCGAUUUUAAUGUUUAGUUUAAAUAUAAAAUAAAACGGAAAAACUGUAACGCGUGUGAAAUAUAGAAAUUCCUUAAACGAAUUAUUUCAAUCUUCGUAUUAACAGUAAUUUGAGUAGUGCUAUUCACUAAAGAGCACACUCGCGCCAUUCCGUGCGCAAUGUAUUCGAACGGACCCGAUAUGCAACUCGAUCGACGCAUAAUUAUACUGAAACGAUCAACAAUAACGGACACAGAAGCAACCGUAGUGGAGCAAGGGCACCAGAACGAGGCAGCUGCCGCCAUGCAAUCAUCGCAUGUGGCCUUCACCCAGGAGAAUUUUGCACAGGGAUCAGCUGGCGAUUCCACCCGGGAAUUUACUCAUGAAAAAAAAUCCGAUAAAUUUGACAAAAAUGACAGUAAGCCCCAGGAUAUUUCCACAAUGGGGUCCGGAGGCGAUAGUCAGGGUGCCCAGAGUGCCACAGCAAAGCAGCAACACACAAUGUUGCCUAAAACUACGGCCCCAUUGAAGGGGAUCCUCGUUAAGAGUGUCAACCAGAACUUAUACCCACUGAAGAAGAUUACAAAUGCCGGACCAACUGACUCACAGAGUUCUGUGCCACUGCAAUCGAUACCAGAUGCCAACAUACCACUUUUGAAAAGAUGUCAAGGCUCUGAUGGGAAUAGUUCGUCUGUUUUGACGAGGUUGAAUGAUUCUUCCCCACUUAACGAUAAUCCAGAUGUCGGUCCACAGCUAAGGACGAUUUUAAAAAGAUGUGGCAGCUCUAUUAAGAAAGGAUCAUCAAAGAAAUCCUCCCAACUGAUAGAGACUCCAAUUUUGACAAGAUGUGGUGGCUCUAAUGAGACUGCAACUGAGCGCAGUCCUUUGACAAAGACGAAUCUAUCGAAGGAGAAUUUAUCUGGAACGUCGCACACACAGAACAACUCUAUCACCGCAAAUACAGCUCCAAGAAGCGUCAAGACCUCUGUACCAUCAACUCAGCCACAGUUCAUCAUCCCAACCAUCCCUUUGAACAGGCGUUCUUUGGAAGUCGUCAAGCCAAAGACCCCCGUUCAGCGGGAUGGUGUGGAUCGGCCGCGCGUGCCGCCGCAAGAUGACUGGAAUGUUCAUGUGAAGUUUACGAACAAUCGGGGCCGGGGCCGCAAGUCUUCCCCAAAGGAGAAUAGAUUGAAGGUUUAUGCCAAAAAGAGUCACCGCAAAGGCGUACCCCAGCUAAUGACCCCAAUCCAGAGUGCGCCUUGGAACGUGGUUGCGGGUGGCUCUUGGAACUGCGCCCCUCCGACCCCAGAGGCGCCGCUGCAGCGUACCAUUAUCUCAGCAAUGACCCAAAUGACGACUGCAGCCCCGACACAGCCCCAGAUUAUUCUCCGUGAGGAUAAAAGAUCUUCGUCACCGGCGGCACAACCCGCAACUCGGACGCCUGAUGUGUCCUCGUCCCAGUAUCCAUCCUGGAACGUGGUUGCCAGGCAAUGCAACCAGAAUGCAGAACCCAUUAUCAGUAAGGAGAGUGUAAAGGGUGGCUCGAAGAAUAACCCUUGCGCACAGAACCCACUGCCAGCUCAACUCAAAGGAGUCUCAAUGCCGACGGCUGCCUGGACGACAGUCGCCGGUUCUCCUUGGAUUGCAGACUCGGGAGAGCCACAGCUCGAGUUGAAAAGCCCUGUACAGCCGUCUGCUCCCCAACAAAAGGGAAGGACCCCACCGCGAUCGUCUUGGAAUUUGAUCGAAAGUCCGGCUUGGAAUGAGGCCGUCGCAAUGGUUCAGCGUACAGGCUCAAUGGAUCCCACUUCAAGGAACUCCAUGGGGAAAAAGGGUAGAGGGAGCAUCAGCGUUAAUCAGAGCCCGAAGCUGCAGUGUUCCCCAGUUGCGUCUCCAGUUGCAUCACCAGUUGCAUCACCAGUUGCAUCACCAGAUGCAUCACCAGUUGCAUCACCAGUUGCAUCACCAGUUGUUCCACCAGUUACAUUCCCAGUUUCACCACCAUUUGCAUCCCCAGUUGCAUCUCUAGUUGCAUUCCCAGUUGCAUACCCAGUUGCAUUCCCAGUUGCAUUCUCAGUUGGAUCUCAAAUUACAUUCCCAGUGGCAUUCCCAGUUGGAUCCCCAGUUGCAUUCCAAGUUGCAUCCCCAGUUCAAUCCCCAGUUGCAUCCCCAGUUGCAUCCCCAGUUGCACCCCCAGUUGCAUCCCCAGUUGCAUCCCCAGUUGCAUCCCCAGUGACCGACACCGGCAAACCCAAGACGUUAAUUCAGAUGAGAACCCCUGUGCUGAAACGCAUUAGCACCUCCACUUCAGUGCACGGGGAAACAGAUUCCGAGACUGAAACUCAAGUUGAUCCCAGCGAAGGCGACCAGGAGGGUCCAAAAGACGAGCACGCAACGGAGGAGGUGUCGCUACCUCAGCACCCCUUGAACCACGAAUGGACCAUGUGGUAUGUGGAGCCCGAUCGCGCCAAGACCUGGGAGGAGGCGCUGCACCAGAUAACGAGCUUUAAGACCGUGGAGAACUUUUGGAGUCUCUACCAUCACAUCAAGACGCCAUCGCAAAUUAAGUUCGGGAGCGACUUUUGUAUGUUCAAGGCCGGCAUUCGCCCCAUGUGGGAGGACGAGGCGAACGUUAACGGGGGCCGAUGGAUUGUCAGCUUUCCCAAGAGUGCCACCGCUGAAAUGAACUUCUUCUGGGAGUACUGCCUGCUUUCCCUGAUAGGCGAGAACUGCGAGCACAGCACCGACCUCUGUGGCACUGUGGUCAACAUCGGCCUGAUGAACGACAAGAUUGCGCUCUGGACCGCUGACUGCACCAAUGAAAAAAGGAUCCUUGAAAUAGGAAAGCAACUGCGCGAUGGCCUGCCCGCCAAUGCCGGCUACGUCCUGCAAUAUCUGCAGCACAGGGACAACAUGGCCCAGCAGGACUCCCCCCUAACAGCCACUUACACUUUGUAAGAAAAAUCCUACUGGAACAUGGGAGAACGGGAGCAGCAGCAGCCUCCCUUAUGCCCUUACAGAAUUUAUAAAUCUUCUCUGUGCAACUUUCUGUUGUUUGUUUCGUGAAAAAGUAACCCAAAAUUGAUCGAGAUUGAAAUACGGCACUUUCACUUACAUCCUCACAUUUCGGCUUUCAUCAGUGAAAAAUGUUUAAAUUCCAAAUUAAAUCAUUUGUUCAAUUACAUCAAUCAAAAAAUCCCAACACUAGUUUAAAAAAAAAAGAAAUAAAAAUAAAAAUUUGU